UAAAAACCGGCGCUAAAGCCGUCUGGUCCAGGCGAUUUUCCGGGGUUUAAGUUGUCUAUGGCCUGUUCAACUUCGGAUUCUGUUAUCUCUAGUUCCAAUCUUUGUUUUCUUUCGUCGUCCAGUCGGGGUAUAGCAUGCAAGAACUCAUUCCCAAAUGUGGUAGCGUCUACUUUGUGGUGCGAGAAUAGCGCCUGGUAAUGCUCAUGAAAAGCUGCUUUGAUGUCAUCUGUGUCUGUUGAUAAGGUCCCGCGCCAUUCUAUUCCGUCGAUGUGGUUCCUUUCAGCACGUGCUUUUUCUAACCCUAGGCCAGUAUCCCCGCCUGUCACGCGGGAGUACGGGGUUCGAUUCCCCGACGGGGAGUAAUAUUUGUACUUCUUUUUUUUUAGACACACGUAGGUGCACCCGCGACAAUUAUCUGCAGAAUCUGUCUGUUUCUUUCGCGGGCUUGCGAACAAGGUGGUGCGAAAACGUUUGCACUUUUAUUCCCAUCAUGGAUAUAGUGCUUUAACUGACGCCGGGCAUGUCUCCUCGUUAGUAUAGUGGUGGAUGCGUCUUGGCUACCGAGGUGGAAGGACGUGCGUUUCAUGGGCUCCCAAGGAGCGGUGGUUGCGGCUAACAGCGGCCGCGGUGACAGGAUCGACGGAAUGGAUACCGAGGGAUACGAAGUGGUUUUGCCUACUCUGCCAUCAGGUCGUAGUGUUUUGAAUACUUUAUUUUUUCACGCGGAUGUCCGGUCGAGGCGUUACCGAGUCGAACAUUUCCGGGACACAUUGGCGUGUCUUGGUUUGCUCCCUGAAGUGGUAGCGUUGGGGGCAUACCACAUGAGCGACGUAUGGGCUGUGACUUUCAAGAGCAUGGAAGGGAUGAAGAAAGCUUUGGAAUGCGGCGAAAUGAAGGUGAAGGGCCAACGUUGUUUGGUUAUUGAUCCGGAAAACCAGGACGUGCGUUUGAAGCUUCAUUGGCUUCUUUUCAAUGUGGCCGACGAUGAUGUGCGUGUAGCGCUUGCUCCGUUCGGAAAGGUGACCGAGGUCUCGAAGGAAAAGUGGAGAGUUCAAGGGAUCCAAGACAAGGGGUCAUCGACACGCCUGGUGCGCCUCAAGCUCCAUAACGGCAUUAAGGUCGAUGACCUUCCACACCAGCUUCGCGUAGCCGGUGACAUGGCCCUUCUAGUCGCACCUGGAAGAGCGCCAUUGUGCCUGCGGUGUCACAGUAAGGGCCACAUCAGACGAGAAUGCCGAGUUCCUCGCUGCACGCACUGCCGAAGUUUUGGACACGAAGAAUCUCAGUGCGUGAAGACGUACGCAAGUGUUGCGGGGCCGGUUGGAGGAGAAGACACUGCGGAACUCGUCAUGGACGAGGCUGACGCUGAAGAAGCCGCAAGCGAAGCAACGCCGAAGCUCGAGGUACUUGAUGCGGCAACGUUAACCCCGCCCGACAUGCCCCAAGACGCAAGUGUUAACAAGGAAAGCCGAAAGCUGACCGACGCAGCUGGCGACGCCACCGGCGUCGUGAAAGUGCAGGAGGCCUCAACGCCGUCGAAGUCACCUGAGGAGCCAGCCGUCAUGGAAGUAAGCGAGGGAAGGAGUGGAGCCUCAGUCUCCAAGCGCGGCCACGACGCUACGCUGGACGAGCAUGAGGCCCUGGCUGCAAGGAUCUCGGAAGGACCGCCGCGAAAGGCGGCGAUCAUUCGGCGGUCAACGCUGAGACCGCGUCCGAACGUACCUCCGGACCGGAGGGCGACGGAGACGCCGCCGACGUAG